AUGGGGGGUAAGCAGAGCACGGCGGCCCGUUCGCGAGGCCCCUUCCCGGGGGUGUCGACGGAUGACAGUGCCGUGCCGCCGCCGGGAGGUGGGGGGGGGGCGUCCCCCUUCGGCCAUUACCGGGCGGCCGGCGGCGGCGCCAUGGGGCUGCGCAGCCGCUCAGUCAGCUCGGUGGCUGGUAUGGGCAUGGAGCCCGCGGCGGCCGGCGCCGUCCCCUUCGGGUUGUACGCGGCUGCGGCAGGGGAAGCCGGGCGGGCUCCGGGCGGCGGCGGCGGUCCGGUCUCCGACUCCACGUACGCCCAUGGCAACGGUUACCAGGAAACGGGAGGCGGUCACCAUAGAGACGGGAUGCUGUACCUGGGCGCCAGGGCCUCGCUGGCCGACGCGCUGCCCCUCCACAUCGCACCGCGGUGGUUCAGCUCGCACAGUGGUUUCAAGUGCCCCAUUUGCUCCAAAUCAGUGGCUUCUGAUGAGAUGGAAAUGCACUUUAUCAUGUGUCUGAGCAAACCUCGCCUCUCCUACAAUGAUGACGUGCUGACCAAGGACUCUGGUGAGUGUGUGAUCUGCCUGGAGGAGCUGCUGCAGGGGGAUACGAUAGCCAGGCUGCCCUGCCUCUGCAUCUAUCACAAAAGCUGUAUAGACUCAUGGUUUGAAGUGAACAGGUCUUGCCCGGAGCAUCCUUCCAAUUGACCUACUGGGCGUGCUUGCUGAUUUCUCUCUAAGAACCAUCCAGGAGAAGACAAGUGUGAGACCAGUGGAGCAACCCACUCUCCCCUCCACAGUUGCUGGUCACCAGGAGAGCUCUUCCUGCCAGUGAGGCCCCAGGGACACCCUCUGCCAAAACCCUGCCAUGAUGUUUGGCUUUUCACUCCAAAACAAAAGGGGGAACUGUUGGGGGAAAACAGCUGGCCAACCAGAACACAUGGCAUUCCUCAUCGGUAACCCCCACCUGGACCUGCCCAUGGGCUUUGCUCGGUGGUUUUGCACUGACUCAACAGGAAUUUUCUCCUCUUUCUUGUCUCCCCUUUGGAGAUCUCCACCC